AUCGCGUUCGAUUGUUUUUCAAUUUAGCCGACGCCAGCGCCUCCUGCGCUGCUCCAGUAAUAUUUGUCCCUUUAGCAAACACAUCUCGGAAUAGCAGAUUUUCUAACCAUUAAAGUGCAGAAAAGCAGCCAACCAUGGGUAACGAGAGCUCCCUGCCCAUGGAGCUAUGCUCAAACUUCGACGCCGAUGAGAUACGACGCCUCGGAAAGCGAUUCCGGAAGUUAGAUUUGGACAAUUCCGGGGCGCUCAGCAUCGACGAGUUCAUGUCGCUGCCGGAGCUUCAGCAGAAUCCUCUGGUGCAGCGCGUGAUUGAUAUCUUCGACGCCGACGGCAAUGGCGAAGUGGAUUUCAAAGAAUUUAUCCAGGGAGUGUCGCAGUUCAGUGUUAAGGGAGACAAGCUGUCUAAGCUGCGGUUCGCGUUCCGAAUUUACGACAUGGAUAACGACGGUUUCAUCUCAAAUGGGGAGUUGUUCCAAGUGUUGAAAAUGAUGGUCGGUAAUAAUUUGAAAGACACCCAACUGCAGCAAAUCGUAGAUAAGACAAUUUUGUUUGCGGAUAAAGACGAGGACGGUAAGAUUUCGUUUGAGGAGUUUUGUAAUGUAGUUGGCAAUACCGACAUCCACAAAAAGAUGGUGGUGGAUGUUUAGACCAAAAAAGGGUGAGAUUGUCCAACGUAAGACCUGACCAUCUCCAUUAGUUCAGAAGCGUUUAGCUCUUGUAUACAUCACAGGCUUCAGUCACCGUUUUUCAGGUUUUUCGGUUGGAGAAUACUAGCCUAGGUUUUUUAGUUUAAGUUUGUUUAAAUAUUUAUAAAUACUAUACAUAUAAAAGUGGAUGUUUUCUAACACUGUAUAAUAAAGUCUUAAGCUAAUGUUAUGAUUCUAUUUGCAUGUAACGUGCUUGUUGUUUCCUGUUAAAAUAUUUUAUAAAUCAAAAAAACAUAUAUGUAUAUUGAUAAUGGUUGUUCUUUAUACUUUAUCUAGGUGUUGUGUGUAUAGCUUUAAUUCAGGUGGGCUUGGCCCUCCCGUUUUUAAUAUUCUAUAUUCUAACCGUACUGUGUAACGCUUUCGGAUGUACUUAUUGAUACUCGCGCUGAUCACCGUUAGAUAGCAGCCACGACCUCUGCUAAGACCCGUUAGAGUGCACGACGGGCCUUAAUACCGGACAUGGCGACUCACUCAUCAACUCCACGACCAAGCGAGAUCAAUCACCUAAACCGAAUUUAAACUGAAUUGACUGGGACCACAAAUACAGGAAAACUCUACUUGCCGUCUCUCCCGAUUCAGCUUAUAUUUUCACAGGUCUUUGAUUUGCGAAAAUUAUGAAAUUCGCUGACAGUUCUCUAUUUGUGCGCCAGGGAACAAACACCGAAUUUCACGCACACGAUUCGGUGGAGUUUUCUAACACUCACACAAUUGAUGUAUAGUGUAUAGUUGGAAAGUUAUUUAUUCCACUCUCCCUGUAUAAUAUGUUACCCUCGUUGUGUUGUGCAAAACAAAUAGAUAUUCUGUUUAAAAAUUUAUGUUGUUCAAUAAAAUUAUUUCACCUCUCUAA